UUUCGAAACUACCUAGCUUGAACUUGUGAGGACAGAAGUUGAGUGAUUGUAUCUCUUAUAUCAUAACCAUGCGCAUUAAUCAUUUAUUGCCAAGGGGGUGCGAGUUGGAUAGGGUAGAAUGUUGUAUCUCUGUUUCGAAAACUGGAGGUUUUUGUAUAACUAUUAAAGAAAUUAUAUUGGAAAAAAUUAUAUUUUAUAUGAAAUAGUUAAGUGUACUAAAAUACAGAGAAUGAUUAAGCCUAUAAUGAAUUACAAAGUAAGACUAAAAUUUAAAAGUUACAUUAGUCUUCAGUGAAGUACGACAUAUAUAUAUCAAAAGCUGUAAAAUUCUAGCUACAAGUUUUGAUAAGAAUAUAAAGGUGAAGCUUCAGUGUAAUUUUGGAAGUACUGAAGAUGAAGGUUGAACCAUUUUCUGAUGAGAAGUCUGAUGGUCUGUUGGAUAUCAAAUUGGAGAAAAGUGAAGAUGAAACUUUCACAACAACUAGUACUACAGGAAAUGCUGAUUACUUGGAAGAAAGAUCUCUACAUACCAUUUUGAAGUUUGGUAUGAUAAAAGAGGAGAAACAAGAUAACUAUGAUGGAGGUAUACAGAAAACUGAGAACAUAUUUGUCCAAGAGAAAUCAGAGCAUCCUGAUGAUCUGAUAGAAAAUGAUAUUAUUUCAAAGUUCAGUGACAACAAUGAUGAUGAUCUGGAUAGUUCAAAUUAUAAUAAUAUGGAUGUGAAAAUGAAAACUGAAUUUCAAGAAGAAAUUGAAUCUGUGUUACAAAGUACAUCUGAUAUGAAGACCAGUGUGAACAUGUGUUCUGAGAGUCAGUGUCUUGGUUAUCAUGUUAUAAAACAAGAAGAUCACUAUGCAGAAGUUAUAAAAUCCACAAAUCCAGACAGUGGUAUAUGUGGAGAAACAACUUUAAAUGGAAAUAAGCUAAACAAAUUUAUUAUUCCCCAGUGUAAUAGUAAAACAUAUAGUUUUGUAGUCAGUGGAAAAAAAUUUGGAACAAUGGAUAACCUAACACAAGAAAAGAGGAUACAAUCUGUAGAGAAACCGUAUCAUUGUGCAGUUUAUGGAAAACGUUUUGAGAGCAAUAGUCCUUUAAAACAACAUGUAGUAAACCACAAUGGGGAGAAUCCUUAUAGUUGUGGAGUUUGUAGAAAACAGUUUGUAUCAAACAGUAACUUAAAAAUACAUCGGAGAAUACACACUGGUGAAAUUCCAUACAGUUGUACAGUUUGUGAAAAACAAUUUAAAACAAAUAGUAAAUUAAAAAGUCAUCUAAGAAUACACACUAAGGAGAAACCUUACAAUUGUACAGUUUGUCAAAAACAAUUUGGAACAAGUGGUUACUUAAAAUUACACCAAAGAAUACACACUGGGGAGAAACCAUACAGUUGUACAGUUUGUUUUAAAACAAUUGGUGAAUUAAAAAAACAUCAAAGAAUACAUACUGGGGAGAAACCAUACAGUUGUACAGUUUGUGAAAAGCAAUUUGGAACAAGAGAUAGUUUAAAAAAACAUCAAAGAAUACACACUGGGGAAAAACCUUUUAGUUGUACAGUUUGUAAAAAACAAUUUGUAUCAAGCAGUUACUUAAAAGUACAUCAAAGAAUACACACUGGAGAGAACCCUUAUAGUUGUACAGUUUGUGAAAAA